UUUCUCAUCUUUCGUGUGCUUGUGAGGUCCCGACAAGUGGUCUACCCACCUUCUGCUGCAGCCAGCGUCCCCUUCCCUCCAUCUGUGACCCUCAGCAUUCAGCGAAGCUUCCCUCCACCCUCACAUCUAUACUAAGAAGAAAAUACAAGUAAUGAAAGAAAUAAUGAAAUCAGGUUGAAAAAAUCUUUCAAAAUACUACUGAAAUCGAGAAGACAUUCCAUCAAAGGAUUACGAGACGUAAACAUUGACAAAAGGUCAUGAAGGAGAAUUAUACAUACGGAAUAGUUUAGAACUGUCUUUGCACAACCUUGCGAGUGAGAAUCAUGUGUGAAUCCGAGGCUCACUGCCUGGCAGUGUCUGGAGGCUCACCUGGCGUCGAAAGACUCAACGUCCCUAGCCCUGGGGAGGAAGAGGCGGCCUCCGAAAACCCUAUAGAUUCCCUGGUCACCAGAGACUCUCAAGACGGAAGCCAACAUGAUCCCGCGACGGAGAAGGUACCUUCGGAUGUUUUUAGCGAAUCGGAUGUAAACUCUAGACUUGAUGUUGGUUCUGGUGAGGCGAAAGAUCCUUUGGGGCUCACUACAAGUACCUCCAAGGAGUCUUUAUCCAGGGAGUCUGACGAGAUAGAAGGGGUUGAUCCCUUCAGCGACAAGCCGAACAAACUCAACGACAGAAGGGGAUCCAAAACCGUAAACUUUAAAGAACCCGAAGUAGAGGAAUCCCCGACGCAAAAUGGGUCUUUCUCAGCUUCUUCCAAGGGAGGCAUCUUCCUGGAGGAGGAGGACGCCAAGACUGAGAAACACAUCAACAAACAGUGGACGCUCGGAGAGGGCAACCCUGUUUAUCGUCUGUCCUUGAAACUUUCUCCAAACCUGUUCAACAUGACGGAGAUCCCAGGAGCAAACCAGCACCGGGAGGCGGAGAAGGCGGGCUACCUGACGAAGCUCAGCGGCCGCACCUUCCCUUACAUACCCCAGUGGAAGAGAAGGUACUGCGUCCUGGCCAAGGGUAGCCUCUUCUACUACGAGCGGGAAGACAGUAAGCCGGGGGAAAAGGCCAACGGGGUCAUUAACCUCGCAUACUUCGACCACGUGGCUGAGGCAGGACCCAAAGACUGCAAGAAAGCUACCAAUGUGUUCGUGAUCACCUCUCAAGACCGCAGCUUCUUCGAUCCCGUGAGUAUAAUGAAUAUCUUGAAUGAGGUGGUAAAAGACAUGACUGAUUGAUGGUUAUCAGUGGCU